AUGGGAAAGUUCCGAGCUAUAUCACCGAAACUCCGGUUCAAAAUACAAAGACCAGUUUCUGGGAACAAAACAAAGCUGCAGAGAAACGUAGUAAAGAAAUGAAGCAUUGCAGGCUCUGCUGCGUUGUUUAGAAAUCAAAACUCCUAAGAGCCUCUUCCAUCUCUAUCCUCCUUUUGUUUUGAUCGCUGCAUUUCCAGCAGCUAUAGCUGAAAACGCAUCUGGCAUGGUGAAUCUGUUUCUCUCCCUCCUGCUCCUGCCGGCGGCGGCUUUCUCCGACGCUCAGACCUACGACGUGGAUGACAAUCAGUUUGGUCCCUUCAAUCCAACAACAGAUUACGACAGGUUCGCCGUCAUCCAGCCGGCAACGAUCAACCUUGGCGCUCUUCAGAUCACGCCGGACACCGCAAACGACAACUUCACUAUGGCCAACAAGUCAGGCAGAGUCUUGUACAACCAAUCUUUCGUCCUCUGGAACUCCGAUGUCGACUCUACUUCCCCGGGAUACGUUGCCUCUUUCAACACCUCCUUCCUCAUUAACGUCUAUCGUCUCAACAACUCCGACAUCGACGAAAACUCUACCAUCCCAGGAGAGGGCCUCGCUUUCAUUAUAGCUCCGAAUUUGACAAUCCCGGCAAACAGUUCCGGUCAAUAUCUCGGGUUGACUAACGUCACCACCGAUGGUAACGCCGGUAAUCAAUUAGUGGCGAUCGAGCUGGACACUUUAAAGGAGGGAGCGUUUGAUCCGGACAGCAACCACAUGGGGCUAAAUAUCAACUCCGUUAAGUCUAACAAAACGGUGCCGCUUUCCGACUACGGGAUCGAGAUCGCUCCACCGGGGAUUGUGUUUUAUAUGGUGUGGAUCCAAUACGACGGUGUGUCACAUAAUCUGUCAGUGUUCAUGGCCAACCAGACCAGGAACGCCGACGAGACAUUUACCAUCCGGCUGAGACCCACCACCCCAAUUCUAACGGCCAACCUCAACCUCAAGGACAUUGUCAACCAAAAGUCGUACUUCGGAUUUGCGGCCUCCACCGGAAGUUACAUCCAGCUCAACUGCGUGUUGAGGUGGAAUUUGUCGGUGGAGAUGCUGCCGGAUUUGGAAGGUGGAGGGGACAACGAUAAUGUGUUGAAAAUAGCACUAGGGGUGGGUGCGGGGGUGGUUUUGGUCCUACUGUGUUUGAUCGGGGUGGGUUAUCAUAUGUACAAAAAGAGAAAGGCCAGGGCGUCGGACCCUAACAUUUUGGGUGCGUUGAAGAGCCUUCCCGGAACACCGAGGGAGUUUAGUUACCGAGAACUGAAGAAAGCAACCAACAACUUCGACAACAAGCACAAGUUAGGUCAGGGCGGGUUCGGGGUGGUAUUCCGAGCUGUGCUAGCUAAGGAGAACAACCUCGAAGUGGCGGUGAAGAUGUUCUCUAGGGAUGAGGUCAAGGGCAGGGACGACUUUCUGGCCGAGCUCACUAUCAUUAACCGUCUCCGGCACAAACACCUCGUCCGGUUACUCGGUUGGUGCCAUAAGAAUGGGAUGCUUCUCAUAGUUUACGAGUACAUGCCAAACGGGAGCUUGGACGAUCACAUAUUCUCUGAGUCGGAAAACACAACCUUAGGAUGGAGUCAGAGGUACAAGAUUGUCUCGGGUGUGGCCUCAGCCCUACACUACCUCCACAAUGAGUACGACCAAAGAGUUGUCCACCGAGACCUCAAGGCAAGUAACAUAAUGCUCGACACUCACUUUAACGCGCGUCUAGGCGACUUUGGCCUGGCGCGCGCGUUGGACAAUGAGAAAACAUCGUAUGCCGAAAUUGAAGGUAUCCAGGGCACGAUGGGGUACAUCGCCCCCGAGUGCUUCCAUACUGGAAAAGCCACGUGUGAAUCCGACGUGUACGGAUUUGGAGCUGUGCUUCUAGAAGUUGUGUGUGGACAACGACCGUGGACUAAAAUCGAAGGAUACCAACUUCUAGUGGAUUGGGUUUGGUCGUUGCAUAGAGAAGGACGUCUACUUGAGGCUGUGGACGAGAGGUUGGGUAAUGACUAUGUGGUUGAAGAGGCCGAAAGGCUUUUGCUUCUUGGAUUGGCUUGUUCGCAUCUGAUUGCGAACGAGAGACCCAAGACCCAAACCAUAAUCCAAAUAAUUUCUAAGUCUACACCAGUGCUCCAAAUUCCGCCUUUCAAACCGUCUUUCGUGUGGCCUUCCAUGCCGGAAGGAGUGAGCAGCAUUGCCAACACCGUCAACUCGACAUCGUCGUGGCCUGCCGGGAUGUCAGCAUCGUCUGACUGGAGCCCACAUCUGGACAGCAGGGAUAGCCUGGACCAAUAUGGAGGUGCAAGAAUAUAUAGUGACAGCUCUUCUCUGGUUUAAGAUCUCGACCAUGUUUAGUCCUUUAAGGUAUUAUUUUAUUUUUCAAGAAAUUUCAUAGGAUUGGAUUGGUUUUUCUUUUGUUUCACACCAAAGGUGAAUGUCCCAUGUGUCAUUUGUACAUUUCAAACUUAUCGAUGAUACAGAUUUUGAUUUUUUUUGUAAGCUUACUAUCUAUCAUGAAAAUUAUGGACCUUACCUGA